UGACAUUUUUUUGUCGCGUUUACCUUUUUGCUUGUAUUGAAUUACGAAAUAAAAACAAAUUUUUCAAUUUAUUCAUGUAUUACUUGUGUAAUAAUGGCUUCGGCAAAAGAAAAAGAUUCAGAAAUAUCGCCAGCGACGUCUACUACCUCUGUGAAAUCACAAUUCUUCGAUAGAUCGCCGUCAGUUUCCUCAGCAAAGGAUGAAAAGUGGCCGGAGCUCUUAAUAUCGCGACCAGACAACUCCUACUUCUACAGCUCUAAAACUCGUGACCCAGUUGUGAUCGAGCGCAGCAAUCUCGUCAACAUCUCAAAGCUGAUUGUCAAGGAGUUAAUCGAGCAAUCUUUGCGCUAUGGCCGCAUGCUCGACAGCGACCACCUGCCUCUGCACCACUUCUUUAUCGUGCUCGAACAUGUGAUGCGACAUGGGUUGAAGCCAAAGAAAGGUCUACUUGGACCUAAAAAGGAACUAUGGGAUAUUCUUCAAAUGGUUGAGAAGUAUUCACCAGAGGCAGCUGACAUCACCGCAAGUAUCAGGGACUUGCCUACCGUGAAAACUGCCAUGGGUCGCGCCCGCGCCUGGCUUAGACUAGCCCUAAUGCAGAAGCGGCUAGCGGAUUACCUCAGGAUUUUACUUGAACAUCGAGAGGAGACUUUGGAAGAAUACUUCGAACCCCAUGCUCUGAUGUUGAACGAGGAAGCCGUCAUAAUCACCGGUCUGCUAGUCGGACUCAAUGUCGUCGACUGUAACUUGUGUGUCAAGGAAGAGGAUUUGGAUAGUCAACAGGGUGUCAUUGAUUUCUCCCUUUACCUCCGCGGUAGCAAUUCUACCACAGACAUGACCGGCAAUGGAAACAAUGUAAAUAACGAGCCAAAACAGCGCCAUAUUAACACUAUGCUGGACCAAAAGAAUUACAUUGAAGAGCUGAAUAGACAUCUCAAUGCGACAGUGGCUAACCUCCAAGCUAAAGUUGAAGGUCUAACGACAACUAAUGCCCUUAUGAAAGAGGACCUAGCGAUCGCCAAAAAUACUAUGAUCCAACUGGUGGAAGAAAAUAAUCAGUUGAAACACGCUCUCGGCCAGGACAUAACCAAAGACACUAGGAUGAAAGUGAUGGAGUUACAAUCUGAGGAAGAGGAGAAACGUAGCGUUAAAAGUUCAGCCUCUGAUAAAGGAAAAAAUGACAAGGAUAGUGAGUCCGGAAAAUUACUUGAGGAAGAGAGAAAAAAGAAUUUGGAACUACAAAAAGAGCUAGAUUUACAGAUUUCGUUGAAAGCAGAAAUGGAAGUGGCUAUGAAACUUUUAGAGAAAGAUAUACACGACAAACAGGACACUAUUAUAUCCUUAAGGCGGCAACUGGACGAUAUAAAACUUAUCAAUCUAGAAAUGUUCAAAAAAUUACAGGAAUGUGAAAGUUCCUUGAAACAUAAAACUGAGCUAAUAGCCAAAUUGGAAGCAAAGACUGAAUCAAUGGGAAGCACAAUACAUGAACUUGAUGAAAAGUUAAAAGAAGACAGAUUGGCUAGGAACGGUUUAGAAGAGAGUGCUCGCUCUCUGGGACAGAAAGCAGCAGCGGCAGAGACAAGGGCGGUGGCGGCUGAAGGCGAUCUGAGGAUAGAACGAGAGUGGAGGAUAUCGCUACAAGAUUCUAUGAUAAGAGAUCGAGACAAAAUAUCAAUGUUAACGCAAGAAGUGGAGUCGUUGAAAUCUAUAGGACAGAAAUACUUAGCCUUGCAAGAAGAACAGCACAUAUUAAAAACGCAAUACAGUGAAGCGCAAAAAACACUAGAAGAGGUGGGGGCGACUCUGAGCGAAAACAAACUUCAGCUGGCAGAAUUGCUCGAGAAAGAAGCCAACGCAGCCACGAAUGACGAAACACCGACUUGGACAAGCGACAGGGAUGCUGUGGCUUGUACAGCGUGUGUCAAGGAGUUUAAUAUAGCCAGACGAAAGCAUCAUUGUAGGCGGUGUGGACAGAUAUUCUGCAGUGCGUGUAGCGAUAAAGCUGUAGCGUUACCUGGAAACUCUAAACCUGUGCGAGUGUGCGACGCUUGUUAUUCAGAGGUUCGUCUCACAUAGAUAACAACCAAUCAGCACAGGUUUUAGAUUGUGGACAGAUAUUCUGUAACGACAAAGUUGAGGCAAGUGUGUGAUGCUUGUUAAACCGAAAUUGGUUGUGAUUUCAACCAACCAGCGCAGGUUUCGCAGACAGUGUUGACUAACAUUCUACAGCGUUGUCCUGUAGCGUUGCCUGACAACUGCAAAACUUUGUUACGCCGAUGUCAGACUCGCAUAAAAAAUAAUAAUAACCAAUCGGUACAGGUUUCACUUGUUUUACAUUAUGCCAUACGCUAUUGUUUAUAAGUAAUAACUAUUUAUCGAAAUCAAUGUAGUUAAUUAGAAUCCAGCUUAUGCCACAGACAACGAAAAGUGGGAGUUGUCAUGGAUUUAUAUUGAAUUUAAAUUAUAUGUUUAUAUACGUUUGAAGAAAUACCAAACUUCCAUCGAGAAUAUUUUUUCAUGAUUUUAAGUAAAGUAAAUAAAACCAUCGAUGUAUAAAUAUAACCAAUAGCUUCAUUCGUUUUUUGGAAAAUUAAGGGCUGAUAAUAGUAAGUAAAUAAUGAUCAAUUGAAAUGUGCAUACUAGAUGUUUAAAUAUUUUUAUUAUACAUAUAUAAAUAUAUAUACUGUUUUGGUUUUAUUAGACGAAAUUUAAAAUAAUAAAUAUUGUCGGUUUGAUUGGCAGAGAAUGCUUUGCGGCAUUAUGUCCACCUGUUGUACAUUUUACAUGCAUAAAGUUUAAAUAAAUAAGUUAUAUAAACUGCCAAUAGUUAGGAUAUUGAAGGUAAUCAACUGUGAAUAGAUUUUUGGGUUAAAAAUACCGAAAACAUCUUAAAAUGUUAUGGAAGAGAUAAAAAUCGUGCAUUGAAACUACAUUUAUAUACUUAGGUAAAUUUAUAAUAAAGAUUUUGUUUGAUGUAUAUUUUAUAAUUCGAAUUUAAUUCCAAAUCGGUAUUAUAUGUAAGUACUAUAAAUAUUUUGUUUUUAGAAACGGACGGAUCGUGUGAUUAAAAUAAUUAAAUAUAGACUGAGUGCAAGUUAAAAGACUAAAAUUUAUUUAAAUACAUAUAUUGUGUUAUAAAAUAAAAUAAAUUUAUAUUUGCAAGAUUAUUGGUUUCUUAAUUUAUAUUGUGUUUUAUCUAUCAGUUUGUCGCAUUAAUUCUUUACCUUCGUGAUAUGUUUUCCAUCCAGCGUCGCGUGAAAAAUACACAGUCUUGGUGUAUUUUUUGUAAAUAGGUAUUUCGUGUAAAACCAGCAAACAGCGAAAUAUUAUAAUUUGUAAGCUACCUAUUUUGUCUAUAUUUAUGAAAUGUACAUAAUUAUAAAGUGGUUGCUUGAAGUGUUUUGUAUAACUAUGAAUUCUUUAUAUUACUGAAUAUGUGUAAAAUAUAAUAAUGUUCUUUGACAUGUAAAAAAAUAAAUAUCAAAUGGACAAACUUGUGU